AUGCCCCGCAAUAAGAAGCAAAAGGGUCCCCCAGCUCGCGCUCGCCCCGGUCCGCCUAAACAGGGUCAAACUCCUUCCCAGUCCAAGCCGAAGACCAAGGGAGCUGGAACGACCGAGGCACAGAAGAAGGGACCGCUCCAAGCUAAUCAGAGGCCUAUUGUGCCGUUCUUGAGGGGAGAUCGGGUUAUGCUGAUUGGAGAGGGCGAUUUCUCAUUUGCCCGUUCCUUGGCAACACAAUACAAGUGUCACAAGUUAUACGCCACAUGCUACGACUCACAAGAAACACUCUUGAGUAAAUACCCACAAGCAGAGCAGAACAUCUUGGAUAUUCUAAACGCACCGGCAUCAAAGUCAAAAGCCAAGUCCAAACCAGAGUCAGAGUCAGGGCAAGAAUCAAACUCUAAGCCCUCUGACGAACAGCAAGAUGCACCCAAAGCUGCGCCAGCAACCAACCCCAACGGUCCUAAGGUCCUCUACUCUGUAGAUGCCCGCAAGUUAGGCGUCUCAGGAGGUGGGGGCAAGGAAAUCAAAUCUGGCUAUCCACGCAAAGAGCGCAAACGACCUACCUGGAUGAUCCAAAAAGAGCAACAAGAGCGACAAAAGCAAGAACAGAAUGUGCGGCAAUUGCUAAGACCGGAGCCGGAAGCCAAACCUGUGCACAGCGGACCGUGGGAUGUGAUCUGUUUCAAUUUCCCGCAUGUGGGUGGUCUUUCCACCGAUGUUAAUCGUCAGGUUCGGGCGAAUCAGGAACUUCUCGUUGCAUUUUUCAAGGCAUGUGUGCCUCUUCUGUCUUCGGCGCCGGAACCUAUCGAUCCGGAUGAUGAUGACUGGGAGGAAAAUGAGGAUGAGGAUGAAGAUGAAGAUGAAGAUGAAGACGAAGAGGAUGAGGACGAGGCUCAGACUUCUGGGAAGGAGAUCCGUACUGGGCCAGGUCAGAUAUUGGUCUCGCUUUUCGAAGCUGAGCCGUAUACCUUGUGGAAUAUCAAGGACCUUGCUCGUCAUGCUGGGCUACAGGUUGUUACUAGUUUCCGGUUCCCAUGGGCUUCUUAUGAAGGCUAUUCGCAUGCUCGGACACUUGGGGAAGUGGAAGGAAAGAACGGAGGUCGAGGUGGAUGGCGGGGAGAGGAUCGGGAGGCGCGCAUGUAUGUGUUCGAGGUUAAAAAGGAGCCUGUAAAGGCGGGCAAGAAGAAGAGAGCUAGAACCCAAGAUGAUUCAGAUGAUAGCGAGUAG